GUGGCGAGCGCUUACUUCUCCGGACGGCCUCACGCGGGAGGGCAGAUCUGGUUCUGGUUCUCGUUCAAGCCUCUUCACACUCCCCCGCCCGGCCGCUCAACUUAGUUAAGUUUUCAUUUUCCACCUUCCCCGCCUUCAGCUGUCCAAGGCCACCAAUUUCUGGUCGAGAGAAGGUGCCUACUUAGGGUCUUACAGACUCGGACUGGUGGAAAACCCGAGAGCCCGAGAGGUGGUUUUUCUUUGUGGUUUUUUUUUUUUUUUUGUGAAGUCCUGUUUCGCUGAAGGGGGUGUGGCGGGAAGGAUGAGAAACUCCGUUCUUCUACUCUGCCUCUGGCGCGUCUAUUGUUGCUUUGCCGCGGGUGGCCCCGCACCCCUUGGUCCAGAGGGACCGCUGCAAGAUGAACUCCACAAAGGCAAGGAUGCACAGGCUGCUGCCAAACCCAGUGUGAGGUUCAACUUCCGCACCUCUGAGGACCCAGAACAUGAAGGAUGCUACCUCUCCCUUGGCCACAACCAGCCCCUAGAAGACUGUGGCUUCAACCUGACAGCCAAAACGUUUUUCAUCAUUCAUGGAUGGACGAUGAGUGGCAUAUUUGAAAAUUGGCUGUUCAAACUCGUGUCAGCCCUGCAGACACGAGAGAAAGAAGCCAAUGUCGUGGUGGUUGACUGGCUCCCCCUGGCUCACCAGCUCUACACAGAUGCUGUCAAUAACACCAGGGCCGUGGGACACAGCAUCGCAAGGAUGCUCGACUGGUUGCAGGAGAAGGAUGAUUUUUCCCUUGGGAAUGUCCACUUGAUCGGCUACAGCCUUGGAGCUCACGUGGCUGGGUACACUGGAAACUUUGUGAAAGGCACGCUGGGCAGAAUCACGGGUUUGGAUCCUGCUGGGCCCCUGUUUGAAGGGGCGGACAUCCACAGGAGGCUGUCCCCCGACGACGCAGACUUCGUGGACGUCCUUCACACCUACACGCGUUCCUUCGGCUUGAGCAUUGGGAUUCAGAUGCCCGUGGGCCAUAUCGAUAUAUACCCCAAUGGGGGUGACUUCCAGCCGGGCUGUGGACUCAACGAUGUCUUGGGGUCAAUUGUGUAUGGAACCAUCGCAGAGGGGGUGAAAUGUGCGCACGAGCGGGCCGUGCACCUGUUUGUUGACUCCCUGAUGAAUGAGGACAAGCCAAGCUUUGCGUUCCAGUGCACUGACUCCAACCGCUUCAAGAAGGGGAUCUGUCUCAGCUGCCGGAAGAACCGUUGUAAUAGCAUUGGCUACAACACCAAGAAAAUGAGGAACAAGAGGAACAGCAAGAUGUACUUAAAAACCCGUGCAGGCAUGCCUUUCAGAGUGUAUCAUUAUCAGAUGAAAAUCCAUGUUUUCACCUACAAGGACAUAGAAGAAAUCGAGCCCACCUUUUUUGUUACCCUUUAUGGCACCAGUUCAGACUCCCAGGCUCUGCCUUUGGAAAUAGUGGAGCAGAUCAGGCUGAAUGCCACCAACACCUUCCUGGUCUAUACUGAGGAGGACUUGGGAGACCUUUUGAAGAUCAAACUCACCUGGAAGGGAGCAGUUCGGCCCUGGUACGACCUGUGGAGGGAGUUUCGCAGCUACCUGUCUCAACCCCGCAAGUCUGAGCAGGAACUAAAUAUCAGGCGCAUCCGGAUCAAGUCUGGAGAAACCCAGCGGAAAUUUACUUUUUGUGCAGAAGACCCUGAACACACCAGCAUAUCCCCAGACCAAGAGCUCUGGUUUCACAAGUGCCUGGAUGGCUGGAGAAUGAAAAAUGAAACCAGGUCAAAUGUGGAGCUUCCCUGAGGCUGCAAGCAAGGCCCCCUGCUCCGUCUUCCAAGAACAUGGAGAAAAGUUACUGCUGAGGACCCAUCUGAUGGAAGGACCCCUCUUGGCCUUGACCCUGAAGCAUGGGAAAGAGCCUGCUUGCUGGGCCCAGGACCUUGCUUCCUGUGACAAUUAGGACUUCUUAUCAGAGGGGACUGUGCACUGCUGUUCCUGCUGUCCCUGCCGCUUCCCUAGCAUAGCUCUAAUGCCAGCUCUGUGUGCAAACGACUGAAUGCCUAGGCCUCUUUUGUACACCAGGCUGGUUUCUAAGUGACUGGAUGAGCCUGUGCUUUGCCUGACACGGAACACUGGCUCUGGGAAGUGGCUCUGUAUGGAAGGCUGUCUGCUGCCUGGCCUGUCUUGAGUCAUAGUGGGAGAUCUUCCCACUGGGAGUUGACUCAUGUCAGGAUGGCAGACCUGUGACUUUGUUCACCCAGAGAGGGGAGAGGAAAUCUGGGUGGUACUGAGGCCCUUGCUGUCGGGGUUCAAUGGGCUGCAUUAAUCAAUAUCAGUUACUUUUUCAACAUUCUGUCCUGCUCCUAAACUCGCUCUCUAAAGCACACAUCAUUGGGUUUCUUAUUUUUGUAUUGCUCAUUUUUUUUAUUGGACAAAUGUAUAUUAAGCACGUAAACUUAAUGGGUUGGAAUUUGUAGACUCCCUUCCAGUUUAUAUGAUCCAUGAAUAUACAUGUGAUGAAGGCACAACGGGCAUUAGGGGAGGGCUACAGGAUGUAAGAGUUGGGGAUCCUGAGGCUUUCAGUGGUUUCUACCUAUUUCUUCUUGGUUAUGAUGUGCAUUUCCCCUAAGAGUGACAUAUUUGAUCACCAGCAGAGUAUCAUAUGUGCUGGGGAUCAGAAUGGUGGCCAGUUGAUAGAUAUGAUUGCUCUGGAGCAAAGUCUCCUCUGUCAUUGAAGUAGAAGGUAUUACCUAUGUUAUACACAUCUGUUUAUACAGAACCAGCACUUGUCAAACAGCUGGUGCUAAGAUUUAACACAGUGUUUUUCCCUCCUUGGAACACCUUGUUCUAAUACUAGCCCCUUUUCUGUGUUGAACUUCUUGGAAAAGCCUCCAAAUCUUCAUUUGAAUUAAUAUACACGUGAUAUCUGAGAAGCUCUUUUUUUUUUUUUUUACUUUCCAAAAGAUUUACAUGUGUGUCACCUAAUUAGAGACUCACAAUAGGAGGUGAGCUGGCCAGCUAUUAUUGUCUCUAUUUUACAAAACUGAGGCUCAGUGAGGUUCAGCCACAUGCCUAGAAUCAUAUACCAAGUUGGCGAUGGAGCCAGGUAAUGACCCCGAUUUCCUGGAGGCAAAGUACAUGGUAUGUUCAUCUCUGUAACUUCAUUAAGACUUCUACAGCCGUUUCUCACCAACUUGCCCUAGAUGUGACAAACAAGGAAUUUUUUUCAGAGCUAGCCAUAAAACCCUAAGCCCUUUUAUUAAUAUAUAACCGGAAGAACAACUGUGCCAAGGGGUUGGGCUUUUUAUGGAUGAGAUUUAUUUGGAAGGAGAUAUGAUGUCAGGUAGAGGGGAAGAGCGAUUUUCUUUGUACUGAGAUUUUGAAAGGAGACUGUUUUAAUCUGUAUUGUGCCAAAGUUGUAUCAUUGUUCAAUGCCAAACUUCAGAAGACAUAAGCAGUCAAGUCUUAAGUCAAGGUAUUUUCUCAAUCCAGUUGUGUGCUUCUCCUGUUGCUUCUGUGAUUGCGUUCUAGCCAAAGUGGAGCUUGUAUCCUAGUUACUUCCAUUUUAGCAACGGGAGCCUUGGGAAUCAAGUCCUCAGUGGGUCCUGUAUUUAUACAUUUAGCUUGAAUACUUAUUUGUAUAUGAUGCUUUUUGUAAUGCUACUUAGAACAUUAUUUAUUUCUCAAGUGUAUAUACUAUACAAAACAAUAUAUGGCUAGUUUUUACUUUAAGAUUAACCAAUUUCAAGGUUAAAAAAUUUUAAUAUUAAAAAUAAUUUUAAAAAUCU